AUGUCGAUCAACACGGCCGAUGAGUGGAAGGCCGCUGCAACGCUCCAAUAUCCAUUCUGGUUUGGAGGAAGCGCAUCUUCAAUGGCUGCCAUGGUCACCCAUCCUCUAGAUCUGGUCAAAGUUCGGUUGCAAACACGCACUCCCAACGCGCCAAAGACGAUGCGAGGGACCUUUACAUUCAUCCUUCGAAACCAAGGCCUCCCUGGCCUCUACGCAGGCAUCUCAGCAGCGCUUCUCCGCCAAUCGACCUAUUCUACCGUACGAUUUGGCGUUUAUGAAGACCUGAAGACUCGCUAUGCCGCAUCACCCACGCCCUCGAAUCCGCGCCCGAACUUGCCCAUGACAACCUUGAUCGCUUUGUCCUCUUUGGCAGGACUGUUGGGUGGCAUAGCGGGAAAUCCCGGAGAUGUACUCAAUGUGCGUAUGCAAUCCGACGCGUCAAAGCCGGCCGAGCUCCGGAAGAACUACAAAAACGCUUUGGCUGGUUUGAUCCACAUGAUCCGCGAAGAAGGGUUGUCGAGUAUCUGGCGCGGAGUGGGUCCAAAUUCCGCUCGCGCGGUCCUGGCGAGUGCUUCACAACUCGCUUCCUAUGAUUAUUUCAAAUCUAUUUGUCUCUCGCUGAACAUGCUUGACAAUCUCACAACCCACUUCUGCGCAUCUUUAGCAGCAGGAUUUGUGACAACCACAGUCUGCAGCCCCGUCGAUGUGGUCAAGUCGAGGAUCAUGAGCAGCAUAGGAUCUCAACUACCCAUUCUGCAGAUGAUUCGAGAUGCGGGUCGGAAGGAAGGUCUGCUUUGGAUAUUCCGCGGGUGGGUGCCAAGCUUCAUAAGACUUGGCCCGCAGACUGUUUUCACCAUGGCAUUCUUCGAGCAACACAAGAAAUGGUACAGACAAUGGAAAGGCUGUUUGGACUAG